CUUUUCUCGCUGCGUACUGUACGGCUAGCUGUUCGCGCCCGUGACUGCCACCACAAGCUGUUGCCUUUGUUCUGAUUGGGAAUGAAAGCCCCGGACAAAAGCUUGGGACGAAAUCCGUAGAAGCAAACCUCCUCUGGUCCGAGGUUCAUCUGAUCAAUCUGGUCCUCGCUUCCGAGGCGCCGGUUUCCGUUUUAGCACACCUGCACGCAACGCAGACAAGACGGACAGAUCAGUCUUUUCUUCCCUCCCUCUCUUCCUUUUUCCACCUUGGUUGCGGCCAUGCAGUUUUUAGCUUCGACAUCCAUAGGUCCAAUACUUUCCAGUCGCUGCAGGGUGUUGAGCUGAAGGAAAAAGGCCGCGCACGUGGCAACUGGUGCGCUUUUCGUCCCUUGUCGGCAUUCGAUGAAGAGGGCUGUUGGUAGCUGUCUCCAUUGAACUUGUAGUAUUUGCCUUUUGACCAACCACCACCACGAUAGAGCACGCGAUACAGCCAUCAUUUGCCUGAUGACCUGACUCCCACAUUUCACAACUGGUAUGUGUGUUUGUUAUUUCCGUAUCCAACCCAUUUUUAUCGUGAUAGGCUUUUUUUCUUUCUUUCUUUUUCUUUCCUUGAUUCUUGCGGCUCCCAAAGUGUCCACUCUAUCCAUAUUUUAUAUGUGCCUUUAUAAUUAGCCAAGUUCGCAUAUUUACUCCACCCAAGCCUUUGGGUGAGACCCUGGCCGAGCCAGAUCAAGACCCAGUCAAGGCACAGCAGCCGCUUCCAAGGCGGCAGCUGAAACCUAUGUCCAAGAAUCACGGCGGGAUACCCGAGGAGGGCGGUAUCACUUUCGCCGCCCAGGAUUCUCUGCCGAAGCUUCCUAUCCCAGACCUAGAGCGCACUUGCGAAAAGUACCUCGCUGCUCUGAAGCCAUUACAGUCGCCCAGGGAGCAUGGCGAAACUCGGAAUGCCGUCCAGGAAUUCUUGAGGCACGACGGCCCAGAGCUACAAGAGAAGCUGAAGAAGUAUGCUGAGGGCCAGACGAGCUACAUCGAGCAAUUUUGGUACGACUCGUACCUGAAUUUCGAUAACCCAGUGGUUCUCAAUCUUAACCCUUUCUUUCUCCUUGAGGAUGACCCAACUCCUGCUCGUAAUAACCAAGUCACCCGUGCCGCUUCACUCGUCGUAUCAGCACUCGAGUUUGUUCGUGCAGUGAGAAAGGAGGAGCUGCCGCCAGACAAGGUCAAAAACACGCCACUAUGCAUGUACCAGUACUCCCGCCUCUUUGGCACCGCUCGUGUGCCUACCGAGAAUGGCUGCCAGAUCGAGCAAGACCCCCACUCGAAACAUAUUGUAGUCAUGGCGCAUGGUCAGUUCUAUUGGUUUGACGCACUCGACGACAAUUCGGACGUUAUCAUGACGGAGAAGGACAUUUCUAUCAACCUUCAGACUAUUGUUGACGACGCCAGCCUUACUCCUAUUCAGGAGGCAGCCAAGGGUGCUCUCGGUGUCCUGAGCACCGAGAACCGCAAGGUCUGGUCAGGCCUCAGGGAUAUCUUGACCCGCGACGAAGGGUCCAACAACGCCGACUGUCUCGGCAUCAUCGACUCGGCCCUCUUCAUCCUCUGCCUCGACUACACCGAGCCCGCGACGGCCGCAGAGCUCUGCCAAAACAUGCUGUGCGGCACAAGCGAGAUUGAGAAGGGUGUUCAAAUUGGAACAUGCACAAAUCGGUGGUACGACAAGCUGCAAAUCAUUGUUUGUAAGAACGGCAGCGCAGGCAUCAACUUUGAACACACCGGUGUCGAUGGACACACAGUUCUCCGGUUCGCCAGCGACGUCUACACCGACACUAUCCUUCGUUUUGCCAGGACUAUCAAUGGCCACUCCCCCACCCUUUGGGCGUCAACCAGUCCAGACCCUUCCAAAAGGGAUCCCGAGAGCUUUGGAGAUGUCAUUCCGACUCCGCACAAAUUGGAGUGGGAUCUGGUACCCGAGGUCAGCAUAGCAGUACGCUUCGCAGAAACCAGACUUGCUGACCUGAUCGGCCAAAAUGAGUUUGAGUGCCUCGACUUCUCGGCGUACGGCAAGAAUUUCAUCACCUCGAUGGGGUUCUCUCCUGAUGCAUUUGUCCAGAUGGCCUACCAGGCUGCCUACUAUGGCCUUUACGGCCGCGCAGAGUGCACCUACGAGCCCGCCAUGACCAAGUUCUUUCUCCAUGGCCGGACAGAGGCCGUCCGCUCCGUCACGGAUGAGUCCAUCAACUUCAUACAGAACUUUUGGGCAGACAACCCAGCAGAAGCCAAAGUCGAGGCGCUACGGGCGGCUUGCAAGAAGCACGUGAACAUGACGAAAGACUGCGCCAAGGCUCAGGGGUGCGACAGACAUUUGUAUGCGCUUUUCUGCCUCUGGCAGCGAUUAGUCGAUGAGGAUGCCGGCACGACGACAAACGGGUACUCGAGCGGAAUGAGCGACAACGAAGGGGCCGUUUCGGAGAGGUCGCCGUCCCCUACCGCCACCACUGCCACCGCCACUGGGGAGAAGGAGAAGGAAAACGGCGAGGGGCUGAGAUCUAGGGGUGAAAGCACCUCGUCAUCGCAACGUUCCGUCAAGUACGCGACGCUACCGCUCAUCUUUGCCGAUCCAGGCUGGGACAAGCUCAACACAACGAUCCUCUCCACGUCCAACUGCGGCAACCCCUCCCUCCGCCAGUUCGGCUUCGGCCCCGUCUCGGGCGACGGUUUCGGCAUCGGCUACAUCAUCAAGGACGAGCGCAUCUCGAUGUGCGUAGCGAGCAAGCACCGGCAGACUAAGCGCUUCGUCGACGCCCUCGAGAGCUACCUGCUCGAGAUUCGCCGGAUCCUUCGCCUCGCCAGCCGCAGGGCCGCCUCCUCCACCGCCGACGGGGGCCCACUGGCCGGCAGCAUUGCCGAGGCAAAGCAGCAGACGACGCGCGCCCGCGAGGUCGACGACGAACAACGCCAGCAGUACCGCCGCCCCUCGCAGCAGACUAACAGACUCAAGUCCAGGGGCAGGAUGAUCGCCGGCCCGGGGCUGGAGGGGCUGAUGCGCUCAAAGUCAUCGAUGACGGGCACGACUUCGCCCACGUCGGAAAGUCUGGCUAUGAGUGAGGAUGACGAGCUUGGCGGCUACGGCUUUUUCGACGCGGGAAUGCUGCUGCAGGCCCUCAAGGCCCGCAACACCCACUUUGACGUGGGCGAGACGAGGGCGAGCGAGAGGGCGGCCGUGCAGGCGAGGAGGAACAAUGUCGGCAAGAAGCUGCGGCUCAUCGACUACUAAAGGAAUUGGAUGCCGGUCGUUGGGCUUGUUUUGAUAUCUUUUCUGUAUCUCGGGGUUUCUUACUAUCUAGCGAGCGUUGCGCUUUCUCGCUUUCUUCGGAAAAUAUACACAAAUACCUAGUUGUUUUCGUAUAUGCAAAUCGACAGAGACUUUUACAGCGGAUGAUAAGCCAUUGCUUUCAAGACCAGCAUGUAUCUUGCGACGGCAGGAAGAACACGAUUGAAUCAGAAAAAAAAAACAAGAG